GUUGCCGGCUACGCUACCGACACCCUACACUACCAACAAUAAACAAUGAGACCAGGCCGUGAGUUUCCGUCAAUCAAAACCCUGACAUAUUGGUGGACAGCAGUAACAACAAGCACCUCACAAAAAUGUGCCUGCGAAGGAUGUCGCUUCUUUCAAGCUUGCGACACGAACUCCAAGCCUCCUGCAAGAACCAGCUCUUCUCUCGCAAAACAAAACUAAAAUGUCGGACGCAACCUGCCAGGACAAACCGAGCACCGGCCGACGACCUGAGCGAACGACGCAGGGCAAGGAGAAGCCACAUGGGUCCAGCACCGCGAAGGUUCAUAGCAAGUUGCUACCCCGUCGAGGACGACGGGUGGGUGCGGGUGCCGAGCGAUCUCAGGGUCGUCAGAAGCCUUCAUUGUCACGCCCUCCAACUAGCAGGGGUGACCAAUAGUGUGGCACCGCCGCCGGACUGACCUAAGCCACGCCCACAUCCCGCUUGACCUUUGCCUACAACCUUGACCC